CUUUCGUCUGCGGACGAGUCCUGUUACGAGCCUUUCGCAUCUGGAAUAGGACUUUCUCCGUUGUACCUUUUCAUGAAGAAAAAGAAGACAUUGUUAUUUGACUUUCACGCAUGCGAUUAUACUACAGAGAAUACAAGCGCAUGUUUUACAACUUGACAUUUAUUUUCGGACGAUAUUCUACAGCCCAAUUGCAAAGAACUAAAACUAAAAAAAGAGUUUGGUGCUGAAUACAAAGUGAUACGGUGGUCCGAUGGCUCGCUCGCACGACUAAUUAAUAGUCUAUCAGGACUCGGCCGCGCGCUGCCCAGUUGUUUGUGUUAUAAACUAUGGCGUUUAGGGCAAAAGCCUUGUACGACUUUAGUUCGGAAAAUCUAGGAGAGAUAUCGAUUACUGAGAACGAAGUUGUUACUUUAUACAGCGAACAAGAUGUAGAGGGAUGGCUAGAGGGAACAAACAGCAGAGGGGAUACUGGUCUUUUUCCAGCCUCAUACGUGGAGAUUCUCAGAAAUGAAUCAUCUGACAUCUCGUCCAACAAUAAUUGCAUGUCGGCGGAUCAAGGUCAACCCGACUCCCCAUCAAGUGGAUAUGAUUCAUCAUACUAUUCCCAGUCCCACUCUCGUGCUGAGAACAUUAAAGAUCCGACCCACUCCGCUUAUCCUGUGCAAAUUCCCCAGCGCCAUGGUUACCAGACCAGUCAAGGUAGUGAUGAUGACUGGGAUGAUGACUGGGAUGACAGCUCUACAGUGGCGGCUGAGCCCGGAACUAAACAUGACAAUGAUGGAACUAGUUCCACAGCAUACACAGUGACUACUUCGUUGCCUGGGAGACGUGACAGUGCCCAAGCCAAAAGUUCAGCAACAAUAGGUAAAAACCUCAACAGGUUCUCAACCUUUGUUAAAUCUGGCGGAGAGGCUUUUGUGUUGGGCGAGGCGGCUGCCUUUGUCAAAGAUGGGGACAAGAUCUGUGUUGUCAUGGGGCAGUAUGGACCAGAGUGGCAGGAAGACCCAUACCCGUUUGCCUGCUCCAUCGAUGACCCCACCAAACAGACAAAAUUCAAAGGCAUGAAGAGUUACAUGUCAUACAGACUGACUCCAUCCCACACCCAGAGCCAGGUGAAUAGAAGAUACAAGCACUUUGACUGGCUCUACGCUCGACUUGUGGAACGCUUCCCUGUCAUCUCAGUCCCCCAUCUGCCUGAGAAACAGGCCACUGGGCGCUUUGAACAGGACUUUGUCUCCAAACGCAGAAAAGGUUUGAUAUGGUGGAUGAACCACAUGACGAGCCACCCUGUCCUGGCGAGAUGUGACGUGUUCCAGCACUUCCUCACCUGCCCCAGCACAGACGAGAAGACGUGGAAGAUGGGCAAGAGAAAGGCGGAGAAGGAUGACUUGACUGGCGCUAACUUCUUCCUGACCAUCUCCACCCCGGCUGUUCCACUGGACCUACAGGAGGUAGAGAACAAGGUCGAUGGGUUUAAAGCCUUCACCAGGAAGAUGGAUGACAACUGCCUAGUGGUGAAUGCCACCAUCAACGAGUUCGCCCGGAAGCAGAUCACCGGAUUUAAGAAAGAGUAUCAGAAAGUUGGUCAGUCUUUCAAACUGCUGGGCCAAGCCUUUGAGAUGGACCAGCAGUCCUAUUCUGUAGGACUGAACCGUGCCAUAGCAUUCACAGGAGAGGCCUACGAGGCUAUAGGAGACUACUUUGCUGAGCAGCCCAGACAGGAUUUGGACCCCAUAUCGGAUCUGCUGGACCUGUACAAGGGACACCUGGCCAACUAUCCUGAUAUCAUCCAUGUUCAGAAAGGUGCCCUUACCAAAGUGAAGGAGUGCCAGAAACAAGAAGGGGAGGGAUCAACCAUCAACGAGCGUUGUAACAUAAUUUCCUGCGCCACACUGGCUGAGAUCCAGCACUUUCACCGUACACGCGUACGUGACUUCAAGAGCCAGAUGCAACACCACCUCCAGCAGCAAAUCAUCUUCUUCCAGAAGAUCACUGGGAAGCUCGAAGAGGCACUGCAGAAGUACGACGAGGAUAUCAUAUAAGGCCCUGGAGAGAGAGGAGCAUGGAUACAGAGAGAUGAAGAGAGGAGGAGGGGACCCUAAGGGAGAGAGGAGGGUGGGUACAGAGAGAUGAAGAGAGGAGGAGCAUGGAUACAGAGAGAUGAAGAGAGGAGGAUGGAUACAGAGAGAUGAAGAGAGGAGGAUGGAUACAGAGAGAUGAAGAGAGGAGGAGGGGACCCUAAGGGAGAGAGGAGGAUGGAUACAGAGAGAUGAAGAGAGGAGGAGGGGACCCUAAGGGAGAGGGGAGCAUGGAUACAGAGAGAUGAAGAGCGGAGGAGGGGACCCUAAGGGAGAGAGGAGCAUGGAUACAGAGAGAUGAAGAGAGGAGGAGGGGACCCUAAGGGAGUGGGGAGCAUGGAUACAGAGAGAUGAAGAGAGGAGGAGGGGACCCUAAGGAAGAGAGGAGGAGGGAGGAUACAGAGAGAUGAAGAGAGGAGGAGGGGAGACUAAGGGAGAGAGGAGGAGGGGGGACUAAGGGAGAGAGUAGCAUGGAUACAGAGAGAUGAAGAGAGGAGGAGGGAGGAUACAGAGAGAUGAAGAGAGGAGGAGGGGACCCUAAGGGAGACAGGAGCAUGGAUACAGAGAGAUGAAGAGAGGAGGAGGGAGGAUACAGAGAGAUGAAGAGAGGAGGAGGGGACCCUAAGGGAGAGAGGAGCAUGGAUACAGAGAGAUGAAGAGAGGAUGAGGGGACCCUAAGGGAGAGAGGAGCAUGGAUACAGAGAAAUGAAGAUAGUAGGAGGGGGGAUACAGAGAGAUGAAGAGAGGAGGAGGGAGGAUACAGAGAGAUGAAAAGAGGAGGAGGGGGGAUACAGAGAGAUGAAGAGAGGAGGAGGGAGGAUACAGAGAGAGGAGGAGGGAGGACUAAGGGAGAGAGGAGGAGGGAGGAUACAGAGGGAUGAAGAGAGGAGGGGGGAGGAUACAGAGUGAUGAAGAGAGGAGGGGGGACUAAGGGAGAGGGGAGGGUGGAUACAGAGGGAUGAAGAGGGGAGGAGGGAGGAUACAGAGAGAUGAAGAGAGGAGGAGGGGGGAUACAGUGGGAUGAAGAGAGGAGGAGGGAGGAUACAGAGGGAUGAAGAGAGGAGGAGGGGGGAUACAGAGCGAUGAAGAGAGGAAGAGGGAGGACUAAGGGAGAGGGGAGGGUGGAUACAGAGGGAUGAAGAGAGGAGGAGGGAGGAUACAGAGGGAUGAAGAGAGGAGGGAGGACUAAGGGAGAGAGGAGGGUGGAUACAGAGAGAUGAAGAGAGGAGGAGGGGACCCUAAGGGAGAGAGGAGCAUGGAUACAGAGAGAUGAAGAGAGCAGGAGGGGAGACUAAGGGAGAGGGGAGGGUGGAUACAGAGAGAUAAAGAGAGGAGGAGGGAGGAUACAGAGGGAUGAAGAGAGGAGGAGGGGGGACUAAGGGAGAGAGGAGCAUGGAUACAGAGAGAUGAAGAGAGGAGGAGGGGGGAUACAGAGGGAUGAAGAGAGGAGGAGGGGGGGGACUAAGGGAGAGAGGAGGGUGGAGGGUGGAUACAGAAGAAUGAAGAGAGGAGGAGGGAGGAUACAGAGGGAUGAAGAGAUGAGGAGGGGGGACUAAGGGAGAGAGGAGCAUGGAUACAGAGAGAUGAAGAGAGGAGGAGGGGGGAUACAGAGGGAUGAAGAGAGGAGGAGGGGGGACUAAGGGAGAGAGGAGGGUGGAGGGUGGAUACAGAAGAAUGAGGAGAGGAGGAGGGAGGAUACAGAGGGAUGAAGAGAUGAGGAGGGGGGACUAAGGGAGAGAGGAGCAUGGAUGCAGAGAGAUGAAGAGAGGAGUAGGGAGGAUACAGAGGGAUGAAGAGAGGAGGAGGGAGGACUAAGGGAGAGAGGAGGGUGGAUACAGAGAGAUGAAGAGAGGAGGAGGGGACCCUAAGGGAGAGAGGAGCAUGGAUACAGAGAGAUGAAGAGAGGAGGAGGGAGGAUACAGAGGGAUGAAGAGAGGAGGAGGGGGGACUAAGGGAGAGAGGAGCGUGGAUGCAGAGAGAUGAAGAGAGGAGUAGGGAGGAUACAGAGGGAUGAAGAGAGGAGGAGGGAGGACUAAGGGAGAGGGGAGGGUGGAUACAGAGAGAUGAAGAGAGGAGGAGGGAGGAUACAGAGGGAUGAAGAGAGGAAGAGGGAGGGAGGAGCAUGGAUACAGAGAGAUGAAGAGAGGAGGAGGGGAGACUAAGGGAGAGGGGAGGGUGGAUACAGAGGGAUGAAGAGAGGAGGAUGGAUACAGAGAGAUGAAGAGAGGAGGAGGGGGGGCUAAGUGAGGGGAGCAUGGAUACGGAGAGAUGAAGAGAGGAGGAGGGGACCCUAAGGGAGAGAGGAGCAUGGAUACAGAGAGAUUAAGAGAGGAGGAGGGAGGAUACAGAGGGAUGAAGAGGGGAGGAGGGAGGACUAAGGGAGAGAGGAGCAUGGAUACAGAGAGAUGAAGAGAGGAGGAGGGAGGAUACAGAGGGAUGAAUAGAGGAGGAGGGAGGGAGGAGCAUGGAUACAGAGAGAUGAAGAGAGGAGGAGGGAGGAUACAGAGGGAUGAAGAGAGGAGGAGGGGAGACUAAGGGAGAGAGGAGCAUGGAUACAGAGAGUUGAAGAGAGGAGGAGGGGAGACUAAGGGAGAGAGGAGCAUGGAUACAGAGAGAUGAAGAGAGGAGGAGGGGAGACUAAGGGAGAGGGGAGGGUGGAUACAGAGGGAUGAAGAGAGGAGGAUGGAUACAGAGAGAUGAAGAGAGGAGGAGGGGGGCUAAGUGAGGGGAGCAUGGAUACGGAGAGAUGAAGAGAGGAGGAGGGAGGAUACAGAGGGAUGAAGAGAGGAGGAGGGGGACUACGGGAGAGGGGAGGGUGGAUACAGAGGGAUGAAGAGAGGAGGAGGGGACCCUAAGGGAGAGAGGAGCAUGGAUACAGAGAGAUGAAGAGAGGAGGAGGGAGGAUACAGAGGGAUGAAUAGAGGAGGAGGGGGACUAAGGGAGAGGGGAGGGUGGAUACAGAGGGAUGAAGAGAGGAGGAGGGAGGAUACAGAUGGAUGAAGAGAGGAGGAGGGGGGACUAAGGGAGAGGGGAGGGUGGAUACAGAGGGAUGAAGAGAGGAGGAGGGAGGAUACAGAGGGAUGAAGAGAGGAGGAGGGGGACUAAGGGAGAGAGGAGGGGGGAUACAGAGGAAUGGAGGGGGGACUAAGGGAGAGAGGAGAGUGGAUACAGAGGGAUAAAGAGAGGAGGGGGACUAAGAGAGAGAGGAGGGUGGAUACAGAGGGAUGAGGAGAGUAGGAGUUGUGUGAGAGAGAGAUUAUGAGAACAUGGGGUAGGAACAUAGGGAGUGUGCUGGUCUUGGCACUGUGCAGUUCUGCAGUGUUCCCUAUUUCAUAAUCUGAUCAAGACUGGAGCACUGGUUUGGCAAAAAGAUCGAGGGACACAUUUUGACCUCCCCAUCUCAGAGAAGUAUUCCCCAUUUAAAUGGAAUAUGUUUUAUGGUGCGAACUACAGUAACUAGUCCGUAAUGACAAUGUAAUUGGUUAUGUGUUGUUUUUCCUUGACAAGAUUAUUCAUCCAUUCUACAGUUGGAAGUGAGCAGAUCUAUGCAGGUACUCUGCACUGACGGAUAUGAAAUAGGAGGGAGAAUUAUUCCUUCAUUGACAGAGAGGGUUGUUGUCUGCAAAACUUGAUAAUGUAGUCUAGCGUGACAGGAUAUGUUAAAUCAUCACUUAUACAAUUAGUGUCACUUCAAGAAUAUGUAGAAUGAUUUCAGUAAGGAAACUGUUUAGAAUCACAAUUAUAUCUGUGAAAACAUGUUUAACCUGUUGCAUUGAAUCCCCCUCAUUUGCCUUUUCCUCUGAACAAAUAUAACGUGAUUUCAGUAUCAUGGCAAAUAUGAA